CAUGUCACCACCACCAACUGUUUCUCUGUAUGACCACACAUUGUCCGCAACAGUUUGAGAAACUGUGACUUCAGGGCCCCCUAUAAAACUGUCACACUCGUCUCAGCUGUUACAGCUGCAGACAAGCAGUUCUAGACGAGAGGCGUCACGUCGGACACUGAGGAUCUUUAGGCAAACACAUCUCUUUGGAUUGCCAGCUCAUCAGGAGAAGAGAGGAGUACAGCUCUACCUUAACAGACAGCAAGACAAGUGGAUUAUUCAGUGAUUCUGCUGAACCACGGUUCAUUGGUUAGAGCACCACAUGGUCCGAUGGGUCGGAACACCGUGAUCAAGACAUUCAGGACCUUUUUUUCUCUUCUGUGACGUGCUCUUAACAUCACCGGGAAGUCACGUCGCAGGACACGGUUUUGAUAAAACACACACUCAUCUUUUGAUCCGAGUCUAGAAUCUUUUCUAGAGAUCAGUUAGACAUCUUAUCUUUGACCUCUCUGUUUUAGUAAGAGAGCUUGUGAUACAAAGACCCUUUCGAAAGGACUACAAAAAGAAAGAAAGGCCAUCUCAGCGGUGUAUGCGUCUGUACCUGUGGAUAUGCUCUAGAGACUUAGAUUCGGAUAAAAAGUGAAAAUCCCUUAAGUGUUCCAGCAUCAUGGAUCUCAGUCUACUCCAAGCUGUGGAGAGAGAGAAAGUUCUGGAAGUUCUCCAGCGAGAUAAAGUCUUGCGCUGUCUGGAUGAGGAUAGAAUAAGGCGACUGAGGCUGGAGCUUCAGGAGUUGCGGCGGCGUGGGGCCAAGAGUUUCUCCCGGCAGUACAGCGAGCGGACAUGCGCACGCUGUCAGAGACCCCUCGGAAAGCUCUGGAAUUGUGGCGCCGUGUGUCGAGGCUGCAGCCACCGCAUCUGCAGCAAGUGCCGGGUCUGCAUGAGCCCCCACGAGUGGAAGUGUACUGUCUGCCAUGCCCACAGGCAAGUUAAGAUCAAAUCUGGUGAAUGGUUCAUGGAGGAGCGAGCAAGGAAGUUUCCCAGAGAAGCAGACAAACGUGAGAGCAUCGGAGAAAUACUACUUAGAUCCUACCAAAGGCUAAGUAAUAUUUCAAUUGUCCCACCCACCCCUCCACCGUGCGUGUCCUCACCGCCGUUCAGCAGAUUGCCGGACUGGACAAACUCUAAAGGAAGCCCAAAACCAUUCACGAAAUCCAUGGAAAAUCUGAUGAUGUCGUUCACAACCCACAUCAAAAAAAUCUCCAAGUCUCAAGAAGAUGUUAGGGCAGAGCCAGCCCUGCUUACUGUGGAAUACGACCAAAGACACAACACAGACCGGAAAAGCCAAUCAGAUACUGCCAUCAAUAAAUCUGCCAGUCUAACCAAAGUAGCGAGCCUGUCCAACCUUUUUAACAGGAGUAAGGAGCAGGAGAGGAGAAGGUCAUCCUCACCUCUCUGUACUGAUGAGGAUUCAUCACAGAGUUCAGGCUACUCUGGAGAGAAGAGGGGCAGCAUCAGUAGCACCGGUACAGACUGCGGCCUGGUCGAGAGCUCCAGUGUGACGGGGGAGUUGGAGCUGGCUCUGACCUACAGCUUUAGCUCCUCCUGCCUGGAGGUGGUCGUGGGAGCCUGUCGGAACCUCACCCAUGGAGACGCCAAGAAGAAAAAGUGCCACCCCUAUGUGAAGGUCUACCUGCUGCCCGACAAAUCACAGAGCACUAAGAUGAAGACAGCCGUCAUGAAGAACACAACAGAGCCUGUCUUCCAGGAGACCUUGCAGUGUUCCAUCGCUCGGGAGCUGCUGGCCACGCGCACGCUGCAGGCCUCGGUGUGGCACGCGGAGACCCUCAGACGGAAGGUCCUCCUGGGAGAGGUUCUCAUUCCCCUGGACAGGUGGAGUUUUGAAGACCCCAGCACGCAAGGGCUGAUGUGGUACCCUCUCUGUCCCAAGACUGAACGGCCAGUAGGGGUCGAUAUGGAACAAGUUAUUGGAGAGCUGAUUCUAAGAGUCAAGUUCUCAUCUCUCACCCAGAUCUGCAAGAUGAACAGCACUGGCAUUGGCCCCUUUGAAGUUGGGCAGCUCACUGUUCUCAUCAUCGGUGUUCAGAACCUGUCCAGUUCAAAACCCUGGUCCUCGUUUAUCAAGGGUUGUCUGGUCCUGCCAGGGCAGCGGGAGCUGGUACAGAGGACCCCGGUGGUGAAGCGGAGCUCGAGCCUGGAGUGGGCGCACCAGCUGCUCUUCAGCAGGGUCACGGCCCACGAGCUGCACGACGCCUCGCUGGUGCUGGGCCUCUGGGAGCACGCGCCCUUCAGCGUCACCGACCGGCUACUGGGGACGGCCACACUACACGCCGGGGAAGGGUUGUCCUGGCAACCUUUACAACAGACACCGAAUGUGUGGCACAACGUCAGCCUACCCCUGCGUGCCAAUGUAAACAACAGGAAACCAUGACAACCUACAGUAGCACAGAAAUGAGAGAAAUGAGAGUGAGACGUUUCUCUCUGUUGCUCUUGUGCACAAAGUAUUAUCUAAUGGAUACCCCCCCCCCCCUCCAAUGCACACACACAUUCCACACAUUAUUUAUAAAUCAACAUUUUUACGUUCA